AUGGGAAGGAGAAUCAAGGUCAGGAAGUAGUACAAGAGGAGAACCCCAAGUCCUGUGAACUUGAAUAUGGAAGUUACUGCCUCUGGUCUGUUGAGCAUAAAGAAGAGAUGAAAGAUGCUAUUGUGAAGAGGCUUAAAGAUCAACUUUUUAUGGCAAGAGCCCAUUAUCCUAGUAUUGCAAAACUGAAGCACCAGGAAAGAUUUACACGUGAGUUGAAGCAAAAUAUCCAAGAACACGAACGCAUGCUCAGUGACACCAUUGCAGAUGCUGACCUUCCACCAUUUUUCACGAAGACGCUAGAGAAAAUGGAGCACAUAAUUGAAAGAGCCAGGUCUUGCGAAGUAGGCUGCUCCAAUGUUGAACGGAAACUUAGGCAGCUACUCGAUAUAACUGAAGAUGAAGCUUAUUUCCAUACAAGACAGAGUGCAUUUCUCUAUCAUCUCGGGGUUCAGACUAUGCCAAAAACUCACCAUUGCUUAAGCAUGAGAUUGACAGUAGAGUAUUUCAAAUCAGCAUCUCUUCGCAGAGAACUGUUAAAUGAGCAGACACUUGAAGACCCUGCCUUCUUUCACUAUGUAAUGUUCUCCAGGAAUGUACUUGCAGCUUCUACUACUAUCAAUUCAACAGCCAUGAACUCAAAGGAUUCUGGCAGCGUUAUUUUUCAUCUAUUCACCGACACGCAGAACUUUUACGCAAUGAAGCAUUGGUUUGACAGAAAUUCAUAUUUAGAGGCUAUUGUUCAUGUGAUAAACAUUGAAAAUCACAACAAGCUCUCAAAGAAUGUUGAAUCUAUUGAGAGUCAACAGUUAUGGCCUACAGAGGAAUUCCGUGUCACGUUUAGUAAUCAUUCUCAACCUUUCCAGAGGCAGAUGAAAACUGAGUAUAUAUCUGUUUUUGGCCAUUCACAUUUCCUUUUGCCUGAUCUUCUUCCUAACUUGAAUAGAGUUGUUGUUCUAGAUGAUGACUUGGUUGUCCAGAAAGACUUGUCAUCUCUUUGGAACCUCAAUAUGGGAGAUAAAGUGAUAGGUGCUGUGCAGUUCUGUGGAGUCAGAUUAGGUCAGUUGAGAGCUUAUAUAGUGGAACCUAAUUUCAACACCGAUUCAUGUGUGUGGUUCUCUGGUCUGAAUGUAAUUGAAUUGGAAAAAUGGAGGGACCUUGGCAUUACAAGUUUACAUGGUCAAUUGCUUCAAAAGGACAUUUCGGUAUCACAUAGACUUAAGGCACUCCCUAGAGGUUUACUUGCCUUUCAAGACCUGAUAUAUCCUCUGAAAGAUUCUUGGGUUCAAUCAGGUCUUGGGUAUGACUAUGGAAUUAGCCGUAUUGAUAUAGAAAAGGCGGCUACUCUACACUACAAUGGUGUCAUGAAACCUUGGCUUGAUUUGGGAAUACACGAUUACAAGAGCUACUGGAGAAAGUAUAUGACUAAUGGGGAGAGGUUCAUGGCAGAAUGCAAUAUACAUUAGCAGCAGUGAAAUGAGAUGUAGCACACACUGCAUAGUCGGCAUUGGUGGGAAUCGGAAGCAGCAAACACCAUGAACUUAGCAAAGAGAUAUUUUUUAGGAGAAACUGGAUGCAGCAUUUAUGAUGAACCAAGUACACC